UGCAUCUCUUGUCCCCGGUGCCCCAAACCUUCGUCGCGUUGGAAACGGUACACAAUUCCUGAGGAUCUUAUUUCCCCAGGGGCACUCUCCUGAAAGGAGAGCCAUUGUCCCCGUGCGGUAAUUUACUCUGGGGGCGCUGAGACCGUGCCGAACAUUUCUCUGUACGUCAGUGGGCCGGGAGCCACACGGUGUCCGCGGAAGGCCGGGGUCGAUAGACACUGCUGACUCGCGGAUCUCUGUACAGUACAUUGACUUCCCCGUGUGGCACGCCGUCUGUGUGUACGGUUUGGAGGGCAACAUUUCUAUAUUCUAGGAUUUCACAGGAGAUAUACCAGGAAUGGGCGACGACAGGGAAGCCGGGGUGAAGGUGGCUGUCCGAUGUCGUCCCUUCAACCAAAGGGAGAAGGACAGAGGUGCCAAGUUGAUUAUUGACAUGAACGGGGCGAUGACAACCAUCCAAAACCCCGAAACACCGAAUGAAGAACCCAAAAAGUUCACAUUUGACUUCUCAUAUUGGUCUCAUGAUGGAUACAAUGAAAAAGACGAUGGGUAUCUGGAGGCCCAGCCAGGGUCAAAGUACUCCUCUCAGAGAAGAGUAUUUGAGGACCUGGGACAAGGAGUAUUGGAUAAUGCUUUUAAAGGUUUUAACUGUUCACUGUUUGCCUAUGGACAGACUGGAUCAGGAAAAUCAUACUCCAUGGUGGGGUAUGGCAACAACAAAGGAAUUGUGCCUAUCACUUGUGAUGAGCUGUUCAAGGCUAUUGAGGCUGGCGACAAAGCCACGAAAUAUGAAGUUACUUUCUCCAUGUUGGAGAUCUACAAUGAGCAGGUCCGUGACCUCCUCAGUAAAGACAAUCCCAAAGGUGGUCUGCAGGUGCGACAGAACCCCAAACUGGGACUGUUCUACGUCGUGGGGCUCAAGAAGGUGGCUGUGGGGAGCUACGCUGAGAUUGACAAGAGAACCCAAGAAGGUACUGCUAACAGAACAGUGGCCUCCACCAACAUGAAUGCCACCAGCAGUCGAGCCCACACCGUCGUCACCAUCACCUUCGACCAGAUCUCCAAGAAUGAAGCUGGAGAAGAAACCAAGAAGAGCAGUGUCAUCAACUUGGUAGAUUUAGCAGGUAGCGAGCGUGCGGACAGUACGGGAGCCACCGGAGACAGAUUGAAGGAGGGAGCCAACAUCAACAAGUCCCUGUCAGCCCUGGGCAAUGUCAUCUCGGCACUUGCUGAUCUGUCUGGUGGUAAGAAGAAGGUCAUGGUUCCCUACAGAGACUCUGUCCUCACAAAACUGCUGCAGAAUGCCCUGGGAGGAAACAGUAAAACUGUCAUGAUUGCUGCCUUGUCGCCGGCUGACAUCAACUAUGACGAGACCCUCAGCACGCUGCGGUACGCCGACCGUGCCAAGAAGAUCAAGAACAAGGCUGUGGUGAACGAGAACCCGCUGGACAAGCUGAUCCGAGAACUGCGGGAGGAGAACGAGAAGCUGAAGAAGCAGAUGGGAGGGGCGAUGCCUGUGGCGGGCGGGGCAGGCAUGGACCCUGCUGAUGGGACAUACAGCAAAGAAGAGAUUGAGAGAAUGCGUAAAGAGAUGGAGGAGGAGAUCCGAGCCCAGCUGCUGGCCAAUCAGGAGCAGAUGAAGGACAUGGAUGAGAGCUUUGAGGAGAAGCUGAAGAGAAACAGAGAAGAGCAGGAGGCGAUGGGAGCUGCCCAGGCCAACACACAGGACAGGAAGAACAAGGAUCCCCACCUGGUCAACCUGAAUGAGGACCCCAUGUUGUCUGGGGUCAUCUUCCACUUCAUUGAGCCAGGAGAGAUGACCAUCGGCAGAAAGGACGCCAGCCCUCCACCCAUGAUCCCACUUACUGGCCUGAGUAUUUCCAAGCAACACGCAGUCAUCACUUUUGAGAACAACGAGGCCACUGUCAAGCCAGGGGAGCAAGGAGCCAAGACCAAGAUCAACGGUGUUCCCCUGACAGGACCAACCACUCUACAGCACCUGGACAGAGUUCUCUUUGGUUCCAACCACAUGUAUGUGUUCCAUAACCCCCUGAAUCCCAAGGCUCCAGAAAACACCCCCAGUAAGAUUGACUGGGACUUUGCCCAGAAGGAGAUUGCAAAACACAAAGGUUUUGACACUGCCAGUGCUGGGAUGACCAAAGAACAAAUCAUUGCCCAGGAGCAGAUCCUGGAGCUGCUGCCCAUGGUGUCAGAGGUCAACGCCAUCAGUGAGGAGCUGAACAAACAUCGCACCUUCGAGGUCAUCCUCAUCAGCGGGGCAGCCAUGGAGGGAUACGGCAGCAAGAAGGGCGCAAAAGUGGUGGUGAAGAUGAAGAAUCUACUGAAUGGCAACACUUGGUUGUGGGAAAGGGGCAAGUUCAUGAACAGGAGGUACAUGAUUCAGGAACUGUACCAGAGGCAUUUAGAUGGUGAUGAGGAUGUGAUGAAGAUACCAAAGGAGGAGGACCCGUUCUGGGAGCCUCCUGAAGACGUGCUGAUUGGCACGGCAAAUGUCUUCUUGCAGUCCCUGUCUUACGCUCUGGACUUUGAUGACAAACUUGCCGUAACAGAUUACAAGGGAGUAGAGGAGGGCAACUUGUACGUCAACAUCACACCAUGCAGUGACAAAGGGAAACCCCUCGAUGAGGACUUCUUUGUGGAAGAUCCCCAAGAGCUGCUAGGGAAACCAUUCCACUACAAGGUGACUAUCAAAAGUGCAGAGGUGAAUAAAGCCAAGUACUCCAAGGGUCUGCAUAUCAAGUACAAGGUGUACCAAGACGAGGAUGUCACCAGCACACCUGUCAUUAAGGAUACCCUGUCUCCUGAGUUCAAACAUCACAGGAUCAUCACCUAUCCUGCUGUCAAUGAGGAUCAGCUUGGGUACUUUGAGCAUGGCUGCAUCACAUUCCAGCUGUACGGGGUACAGGAGGACUCUGUCAAUGACAACAGGCUCAUGAAGAUGACAACCAAGGAGUUGCGGCAGAUGGAACAGUUGCAGAACCCGGGUAUGCAGCGGCGUCAGACCAUUUCUGGGGAGGCCUCUGAGGAAAGCAAGCUGAGAAAUGAGCUGGAAGUUCUCAAAAAGAAGUUUGAGAGACUUGAGAAGAAAGAGAAGAGAAUACAGGACCUGUGUUCAGAGUGGAAGGGCAAGCCAGCAGAAGAGCAGCAGUUUGAGCCGUUCUGGCGACACGUGUCUGCCGUAGCCAACAGCUCCGGCAACAAACUCAAAACCAGAGUGGAGAUUCUCAACACGAUGUUGAAAGGCCAGAAAAUGCUGCGAGCAAAACAGUCUUCCGAUGGUAGUGGUGCAAAUGAUGAUCUUGUUAGUGUGUACAGCUUUGAGUUGGACCCAAAUGAUAAGGAGCAAACAGGCAACAACCAGAGGGCAAAAAGGAAUGGUGGUUUGGGCACUGGAAGUUCAGACUCUCCAAAUGUAAUUCAGUCUCAGAAGGCGAUGCAGGGAGGAGGAACAGCAGGGGCCCAGAACGGCAGUAACGGCUCCAUCAACAGUGGCAACGGCAGUAAGGCUUGUGUCAUUCAGUAGUGCUGCUGGAGAGGGACUGCGCAGCUUGUCUGUCAGCUUUUGAAUGAAGUAGUUUUGCCAUGAGAUCAUUCCUAUCUGAGAUUACACUACAAAAGAAUUUAUGAACUCUUUAAACAAGUAAUAGAACAUAUCUUCUCUUGUGAAGAAAAUAGAGAGUACGCAUGAUAUGCAAAUGUAUUUGUCAAAUGUGUCAUAGACAUUCCUGCACUUGUAUAUCCUGUUAAUGACAUGACUGUGAGUUUUCAAACUUGGUUUGUAAGGAACACACUAUAGUAUCACUUGUUAUGAUGGCGUUGUUUUACUGUACAGAACAGGCCCUAGCUAGAAUGUUUGUAAGGUUUGUUAUGUAGUCAAAGCUUCCCUAGAUGCUUACUACAAUGUAGCUGUAAGUACAGAUGACAAAAGUUUGAAAUGUGUGCUACUUAUAAGAAGGAAUAAUUGUAUGUGACAAAAAUCAUACAGGAGAUUGAAAUGGCUAAGAAGACAGGGACCCGAAUGUGCAAUUCUGUCAAAGCAGCUACAGUACUGUAGUAAUAUAGGUGGAGUGUUCAAAACAUCUUUAAAAACCUAUUUUUUACAAUUUUCCUACUCAAAAAGAUUCUGUGUGGGCUACCUUUAUGAUACAAAAAUAAUCUUAAGAAAGAUCACCUGCCACUUUUAAUUAGCCCUUGGAUCACUAAAGAUAGAUGAUAGAUAUCUCUUCUUCUCUGUGCAAUACACUUAAUCUUUAAGUUAGUGGAUCAUUGACUCAUCUCUAUGUACAUGUAGGUGUCCAUUAAGGCCAUACUGACUUUGUAUCCUGGUUCUUUGAUUUUUCCGAGCCAUCGUUUUUUUAUCUGUAAAUAUGAGAGAACUAAGGAAUCAAAUUGAUACAGUAUGGAUGGUUAAACUGGGUCCAAAAUAACAGAGUUGCUACAAUGUAUCAGAUUGGCAAACAAACCACAGUAUUCUCAACAAUGUUAGAGAACAUGUGAUACAUUCAUAGGAAUAAUUAGCUUUCACAAAAUCUCCACUUCAUGCUGCUGUACUUUUAUGUAAGUUUGUAUCUACAUUUCUUGUUAUUUGGGACAAUGUUUGAGAUUAUAUUCUCAGAAAAACAUGAAUUCUUUAUAACAGUAGUUGAAACAUUUCUGAGUGUGUCUGAAAUGCCACUCAGGUGCCAAAGUUGAGAAUAGACACUGAAAGUGUAUAUAAGAGCUCAUUGCUUUUAAACAUUUUUCAUCCAAAUGAGGAUGAUUUUGUGAUAUGCUCUAAAAAGCACUUCAUUAUUGGUUAAUUCAGAAACAGCACGUCUAACAAUUUUGUAAGAUAAUGUGAGAUGUAUCAAGAAUGAGAUAUCUUUAUAGCAUUCACUGUGUGUCUAAAUACUGCACUGAUUGUCUGUAUCUGUAUAGGCAGUUUAGCUACCCAUCAGUGUAACACGCCAGCACUAGGUGGUUAUAUGAACUACAUGUCUAAUGCUAUGUAAUAGAUACUUUCUUGUCCUUGUUCCCAUUGUUUAGAGUGACAUUCAUGUAUGCUUAGAUGUAGAUAUUGUCAACUGUGAAGAAUCUUGUUGGGGUAAGGGAGGAUUUUUAAAUGAAUAGUUUGAAGUUUAUUUCUAAAACUGUAAUGUUACAAUCUUUCUGUUGUUCUUUGAAAUGGGUCAUUCUCUUUACAGUUUAAUAGCACCCCCCCAACAAUCCUUCCUCCUUCAUCCAAAGUACCCUUCAACAAAGCCGUACAUUGCUGCUUUCAACAUAUACCCGAUCCGAGUCAUAUGAGUGCCAUUGUGAUUAAAAAAAAUUAGAAAGCAUUGCCAAGUACCUACAACUUAAAGAGGAACAAUGUUAAAGCCUUGUAAUGUAGCAAUGUUACGUUGUACUGAGCACGUGCAGUCUGAAACAGAAUUGUCUAUCUGCUUCUUUUAUGCAGAAAAGGAUCAAAUGUAUAUAUAUAAUUUCUUGUCCAGAAAAAAAAAUUACGUUUGCUUGCACAAUCUGAUAUCAAGCUUUUGCUGUAUAUCAUAAAACAAUAGGCUAUGCUUUACGAUAGUAUUGAUAUGUAGGCUAUGGAAUCACAUAGAUUGAGCCAUUUUGAAAGGUUUGGUUGAUCAUUUCUGUAUUAUAAUUGCCCUGUCAGAUGGUGUAAAAUUUGUACAUAGAUAUGGUGAGGUAAUUGUAUAAUUUUGGAAUAUCUGAAUUUAUGGAAAACAAAGUAAAUAGGUGUUAUGAUUAGUGACUGUGUUUCUGCACAAAGGCACCUUAAUAAAGUUGGAUUUUGUCACUGAA